ACCCUUCUAGCCAUUCCUUCAACAUCUGUGGCGUGGGCCACUACUACCGACCAGUUCAAGCAGCGACAGUGCGCAUGCGCGGCCAAAAUGGCGACGUGAGACUAAGGAACAAGGUGGAAUAUCGCCGAUUCUCGGGAAUUACACCUCCGAGAUAGGAGCAAGAUGGAGGACGGACUUUUGUCGUUAAAGUGGAACAACCAUAAGUCCACAUUCUUUCAUAUUCUUAGUGAAGUACGAGGGAAACAUACCUACACAGAUGCAACUCUAGCAUGUGAGGGGAAGUUUUAUCCAGUGCACAAACUUGUGAUGUCGACAUGUAGUGAUUACUUCGCAGAGAUAUUCGAAAAGACUCCGUGUAAAAAUCCAGUCGUAGUGCUCAAAGAUAUAAAGAAAUCUGACUUAGAUGCCUUGUUAGACUACAUGUACAUAGGUGAGGUGGAUGUGCGGCAGAGCGAGCUAGCGGGACUCAUUAAAGCUGCCGAGUGUCUAAGAAUAAAAGGGCUCGCCGUGCCGGACGAGGACCCCACCAAAUCCCAGAAAAAGGGGCCAAAUAACGUACCUGAAAGAAGGGAGGAUAGCCCUCCUGCCAAACGGAAAAGACGGGACUCGGGAGCGGACGAGGGGCCUCCUUCUCAUUCUCCCGUUCCCAGGGGUUGUUCUACCCUGUCGUCGUCGUCCUCUUCCUCUCAUCAUCUUCCUUCCACAUCAUCAUCGUCAGUGCCUAGUCAUGCACCUUCUCAACAGUCGUCUGUACCUGAGUCACUCGUGCCAUCGCAGUCCAUGUUGCCUCCCUCUGGGUUGCACCAAGAGUCAAGACACGGGGACAGUUUGCGAGGGAGACAGGAGCAGCAGAGCUCCUCUUCCUCCUCUUCCUCCCACAGGCCCUCGCCUGAAACCUCUCAGUCGUCCCAGAGGUCGGCCGAGACCUCUCAAAGAACUUCCGAAGCGUCGAUGCUUCCGGUGCAAAUGAUCAAAGUAGAGGUGGACGAAGGGACGGACAGUGGUUCCAAGGAGGUUCAUGCGGACCGAGGGGGGGAGGAGGGGGGAGGUGAUAUAGGUGGUGAUGAUGAAGAGACUAGUAAUCAUGACUUUAGCGAAUACCAAAGCCAUAGUGGAGAGAUAGAGAAAGAGGAGCACGACCAGAUGGAUUCCUAUGGUGCUGACCAACUGCCUGGCCCCUCGGGGUUACAAGGGGGUCCUCCAAUGUUGGGUUGGGGUGACGAAGGGGAGGGGGCUUUCCCCCACAACCUCUUCAGUAGCGAUGAUCCUGCAUCUCAACAAGCGUUGGUGGGGGCUAUGGUGGGAGGCGGCUUAGGCGGCCUGGUGGGAGGCGCCGGUGGCGCCGCCUACGGGCGCCGAGGAGGCCGCGGCAGCAAAAUGUGCGUCUUCUGCGGCAAGUGCUUCGUCCGGUCUGACGUUCUGGUCCAGCACGUCCGGACGCACACGGGGGAGAAGCCCUAUGCCUGUCCCCACUGCCCCUACAGGGCCUCCCAGAGGACGCACCUCAGGCUCCACCUGAGGCGCCACGACCAAAGCCAGAUGAUGGCGGCUGCUGCGGUGGCCGCCGCAAGCAGCCUCGUGCAGCUUCCCCUCCUCUCGUCUGCAGCAGCGGCAGCGGCAGCUCGCUUACAUUCUGGUCUUGGAGAUGCCUCCUCCUCUUCUCCUCCUCCUCCACCUCCACCUCCUCCUCCACCUCCUCUGAGUCAAGCCUCCUUGGUCCUGGGCCUCAGGCAGCAGGUCAACGAUGCGGCAGCUCGACUUCUGCUGUCGGCAGAAGCCCUUCCAACUUCGGCUCCCACUACUGCUGCUGCUGCUGCUCCUCCAUCCUCCUCCUCCUCUUCAUCCUCCUCCUCUUCUUCCUCUUCCUCCUCAGUCGCAUCCUCGACGUCGUCCUCUUCCUCAGGAGCUUCCCUCAACCACCACCACCACCAUGGAGGAGGAGGAGGAGGAGGAGGAGGCAGCAGCGUGUCCUCGGCCAACCAUCACGAAAGACAGCGCUCAGCGGAUUAGCUUGCGGUUGAUGGAUGCUGUUUAUACAUCUCAUUGACUUAUUUAUUGAUUUUCCUUUUGUCUGUCUUUGUUUACCGCCCUUUUUCCUCUGCAUGCGAGAAGAGUCUCUUCAUCCGUUACGUCGCUUGUCUACUUCUCUAGUUGUAGUGGUGUGUUACUUAACAGCAGUAGGAGAUUUGUUUUGUACUGUAACUUAUUAUCUCUUAUAGUUAUGUUUCUAAGAGAGGCCAAAAAGAAGGUUUUCACAUUUCCUUUCAGUCCAAUUGUUUGUUUGUUAUGAAUAAUGUAUAUUUUGUAAAAGACUUUGGUUCAAAUUGUGAUAUUCCAAAAGGGGCCUUUUGGAAGGAUGCAUGAAAGCUGAUGUAAUUUUGUAUAGAUUUUUGAGAGGUUUAUUUAUCUGUUUCACUUCAGAUUUUGAGGACAUAUUAUUAUUAUGGUUAUUGUUAUUGGAGAAACAAAUCCACAGUUUUGUAACUGUUCAAAUAUAUUUUGAAAAUUAGAGCUACAGAAUGUUGUCGUGACUGUACGAUUUCCCUUUUUUGUAGAUACUUGACAGCCUGUAAAGUUUUAUUUUCUAAAAAUCUUUGAACAUGCACAUAACUGGAUCUGCUUCUCCAUUUCAAGACUCAUGCUACUGUGAGUAUUUUAAAAAGAUUAAUGUUGUUAUUUUGGAAGUAGACCCUCUCUCAAGCAAACUUCAUUAAACAGAAUGGCCAUCUGGAUGUGAUUGCAUUUUUGAAGUAGUUUCUCAACUUCUCGAAUGAAUUUCUUUGUAGAAGCAGGUGAGUUACAUAACAGCCUUCCAAAGUUUAUUGAUUCCCUGACGUUUCGGGAGUUUGCUCUGUCAGUGAUCAAAAGGCCAAUGAAGCCGCGGGUACAACGUUGUCUGGAUGACCAUUCUGUUUAAUAAAGUUUAUUUUUAUUAUUAUUAUUAUUGCAUUGUUACUUACUUGCAGUCAGUCGCCUGGAAGGCCAAAGUGAAACCGGAUAUAUCCUAAAAAAAAAAACAA